AGCGUCUAUGCUGCUGCUUGCUCCUUCCGUUCGGGCUAUUUACUUCCGUCGUGUCUCGGACCGGCCCAGAUCUGACCCCCUCCCCUCCUUGGAUUCUCUUCUCCUUGUCUCACUUUUUACGAUCUUGACGAUAUACUCCUUCUUCCAUUCUUGCUGGGUGUCGCACUCAGUGCCCCCUUCACAGCAUUCUCGCAAUCAUCAUUUUAUCCAUCGACCACGCCAGACCCGGAGCUGCGCUCUGAGACAUCUGGUGCCGUGGCCGACUUUUUUUUUAGGCGUCGCUACUUUUUCAUCCGACUAGGCAGUGCCUGUCGCCGCUUUGCGCAGUCCAUUAUCACGACUUUUUCGGAAUCUCCUCGCAUCACCGCAUUGUCCGCCCCUCCUCCCCAACGCGGAACCCCUGCAGCGCGACUCGCCAGGCUCCUCAAAACUUUGUUAAGGUUGGUGGCGCAGAGGAGCAGCGGUCAUGCCAUGUGUCACGCCGAGGCAUUAAAGUCACACCGAAGAGCAGCGAGCCACAGCUCAGGCGCGCCACGAGGAAAACAUCGCGCGGCUAGCUCUUGCUUGCUUCGAGCGGUCAUUGUGAGCUUGCUAUGGCCAGCCUUGCUCGGCAGCUCACAGGGUGGCUCUGCCACUGUGGCAGCAGUCGCAUUGCCACCCGCAGCUGCGGACUCGAGAUACAUGGCUUCAGCGAAUGGCCAGGGAACGUUUGAGAGCACAUCUGACGGUAGCACAGCGCUGCUGUUCAGAGAUGCGCACUCAACGGGGAGCACACAAGACGCCGCAUCAGGAGCCUUGCCGACUGGACCGUCAAGAAAGGAUGACUUUAAUCCCGGACCGAGAUGGGGGCAUACAGCCGCUUAUCUACCUUCUGCCAAGUCGAUCAUCUUCAUCGGUGGCCAAGUGCCCUCGAAUAGCAGCGAGAAAGCUGGCAUGGUCACUAACGACGUGUUCGCUCUCGACGUCUCGGAACUCGUCGCUGCAAACGUCUCGGCGGCGCAGCAAGCAGGUCGCAGGGGCGACAGUGGCGAGCACUGGACGCUCCUAAACUCUGCGAACUUGCCUCCGCAUGCAUUUGCAGCGCGUGCCUUGACACACAAGGCCAAUCAAGAAAAUGGUCAGAUCUGGUUGGUGGGCGGGGCAACAGACGACUGCGCUGGCAACGCUCCAGUCUAUCGAUGGUCCACCUCAACAUCCAACUUGACCGACGGCAAGUGGGACGCCUUGCAUGAUCUGCCAAGCAAUGUGAAUGUCUCGGCGCCGGUGCGCAGACGUGGAGCACGUGCAGUACAAGUGCCAAACGAGCUGGGCUUGCAGAACAUGCAGGACGAGAAGAAGGCACGCCAAGCUGGUGCAACCACCUUCAUGGUUGUUGGUGGCACUACGGACGGCAGCACCUGUGCACCCGUGGCAUCCACCAGCAAAGGAACGGCAGACUACUUUGGUGUCGAUUUUUGGUCAGCGCUCCCCUCUGCUUCUGCAAAGGGCGGCGCGAUUUCUGCUCGAUCGCUAGCUCUGGACAGUCACAUGAGUGGCUUUCCCGUCGUAGAUUAUGCUACCGUUCUACUACCAGCCAAUAGCGUGACUAAGAGCAACGCUAGAGUCCUUUUCCUAGGCGGGAGGGAUAGUCAUCAGUCGCUGGUCGACAUGAAUCACAUCUGGGCUUUGGAUUUGGCAACAGGAAAGUGGGAGCGGUGGAUAACAACAGCUUCUGUCGAUGCUCAAGACAUGCCAGCUGGUCGUCUCGGGCACACGGCGAGCCGCACGUCAGAUGGCAAGAUCAUCAUGCACGGCGGAUUCCUCUCCACGGCAGCAUCUGGCGUCCACAGAAAUGCCACGGAUGAAGUUUUCGUGCUCGACCCAACCGUGACGCCUGCCAGAUGGAGUCGCGUGUCCGGCAUGAGCGGCAAAGUACCUGCUCGCGCCUUCCAUACUGCGAUCUGGGCUGACAAAGUUUUGGUCAUUGGCUUUGGACAAGAAUCGGAAGGUACGUCGGCGGUAGAUCAAGCCUUGUCAACACGAGCCCAAUCGGACACGCAAGCACGUGCUUCUUCUGGUCUUUUGUACUACCUCGACACAGCAGCGCCUGGUGGUUGGAGGUGGAGCAGCAGCAUUGCAGAGGUCUUGUCCAAUCGUCAAAGCUCUCCGACCGAUCCGGACACAAGGCCCCAAACAGAAGCUCAGCACACCUCAAACGGCGAAGCGCCCAAGGGCGCGAUCUCGAGCGACCAUCAAACAGGCGCCGGGGCAGCGAAAGAUCAUUUGAUGCCGCAGUCGGAUCCACUGCGCAAUGUCGGGACGCAGCACAUCAUUUCGGGUCUCGGCAAUGGGGAAACAUCAGCCCACGCCGACACAGCUCCGAACGCGAUUGCUCCUUCUUCCCCAUCCUCAACUCUUUCGCAGCCUGGCAAGAGUGGAGUGAUUGCCGGUAGCGUUCUCGGUGCCGCCGCUCUGGUAGCUGCGUUCGCUGGUGUGUAUGCAGCUCGGACUCGCAAGCGUCGGCGACUGGAAGAGAAGGAUGCGCUGCAGAGCUACUACGCUCGUGACGUUGUAUCUCCGGUCGACACGCUUGCUGACCGUGGCCCGCCCGUGUCGUCUUUGUGGAUCAAUCAGCCAAAGACGUGGGCUAAUAGCGCUAGCAGGGGCUUGAAACGCCAUGCCAGUAAUGCCAGUAACGCCAUCUUCAAUCGAGGAAGAAGGGAGGACCAGACUGAUAGGGACAUCGACGAAGAGAAGAGCACAUAUACGUCUCACAUGCAAGGUCCGGGGGCCGUCAGUGCGUUCAAAAUCAAACGCAAGGCCCCGCCGCGCGUCAGAUCAAGCAUGCGUCGUCAACAAGAAGCAGUCAGAGCGGUACUAGGCGAUCCUCCUCAUGCCUCGAGCUUUGAAGCGAGCAGAGCUGGCUUGCCAGAAGCUUUCAUCGAGGCUGUGGUCGCUGAUGUUUAUGAUGCGUACGCGCCGGCGAGCGCGCAGCGUACCGUCCGUGGCGGCAGGCGCGCCCCUCACGACCUGAGGGACUCACGAGGUGCGGAUGGGGAGGAGUUGCGCGAAUACUUGGAUGUUCCCGAUAUGGGUCAGCCAUUGGAGCGCAUGAUGACGCGCGCUCCUUCGAGCGAGAGUCUGGGAAGCGUGGGGACAGCUAGUCACUUUAGUUACCCCUACCUUGCAGCGAUGCAUCGACCAAGCAUGGCUACAAUGUGCUCUCCGGGACAAGCAACACUCGACCUCGGAAGCAGUCCCGCUCGGACCCGCACGAGUCCAGCUUUGCGGACCUUGGAGCUUCCCAAUGCUAUGCGGCAGCAUAGGAUUCGGAGGCAUCAAGCCCCAUACGCUGCUGCUGCUUUGCGCGAGUAUGGCCGCAUGUGUCCUCCCACACCUGUUCGUGUCAGCAGCCGACAAGAGACGCCAGCUUGGUGGAAGGAGAUGAUGACUAGUCCGGAAAGGAAAGGAAUGCUUUGGUCGCCGACGCUCUUGUCUCCGAAGACUUCGCUGCGACGGGGAGAUCGGGAGCCCAGCGAUGAGGGUACCGAGGAGAUGCUGGUCAACGCCGCGGAGAUGGAUGGCGCGACGAGUCCUACCAUCACAGACUUUGCCAUGGACGUCGCUGCGCAAGAGGAUGGCAGGCGUCGAAGAAGCAUGAGCUCGCCUUUGUUUCCCUGGGAAGAGAAUGUCAACGUCGGAGGCACUACCUUGAGAGCAUCUUCGCCUGUGCCGUUCCAUCAUCACCUACCAACCAGACCCGCUAGCGCGCUUAUGAAGACGGAGCUAGUCGGCACCAAGCAACCUCUUCCCGUCAUCGGCCCGGAUGCCGAGGUAGAAGCUACCCUCGAUGCUCAGCGCAGGCGCUCCCAGCACGCAUCGCGUCGAAAGGCUCGCAAGUCCACUCUCCGCGUCAUGAACGCCGUCGUGCGGCCUUCGAGCUCCGAAGAAUGCGCCGAAAGGACUCCAACGCUCUGCUGAGUCCCUCUUUCGUGCCAGUUGUGCCAUCUUUCGCAUCGUGUGUCUAUUCGGAGGCGCUCGUGUCCCUCACGAAGGCAUUGAUCCUCUCCCACUCGGUUUUGCACAUUAUCUUACAUCACUAAUGCAAUAUUAAUGUUAUUACACUUUCAGAGAA